AUUAUUUACAAAUCUUCUUAAAUGGUUCUUUUAACGAAAUCAGAUAUUAUUAGAAAAUAAAUUCACAAAAAAUCCGACCAGGAGAUUAAGUAGAAGAAAAAGGUUGAUGGUAAUAACAAAUAUAAAUAUAAUAAAUAUGAGAAAAUAUAGCAAUAUAAAACCAAUCAUUCUCCUCAUAAUACAAAUUAAUAUCUCCUUAGUAAAUUUAUUGAGCAGCCGUCUACAUCUUUAUCUGCUCCCGAAAGUGUACUUGAUAUCUUGUUAUUUUCAAUGCCUUGAAAAGGAAACCCAUGUUUGAUCAGUUCAACCAUUAACGGGGGAAGUCGAGUUGCUUCUCUUGCUUUAUCGAAAAUUCAUGAUCAUAUUUAAAGAUUGAAAUCAAAAUAAUGAAAGCUUUCAAUCGUCAUAAAUUAACAACAAUCAUAAUUUCUCAUCACAAUUCUAGAACACCAACCAACCUUCUCAAAUCUAAUCAGACCUUCAUGCAACAUGUCUGUAAAUCCAUGAUUCAUAUGCAUAUGAAAUUAAAGCACCCAUCUGAGUUGCAAUUUACAAUUAAAAUAAAACUCUUGAAAUCCCGCGUUCAUUAUUUCUUAAACUCGGUGAUUAAUGCAGUUCUUUUAUCUUUGUAAAUGCAUUUAUGGAGAAAGCUUCAAGUUAUUAUUGUAAGUUCUUAUUAAUUCUUUUACUAUGUUUGGAUAUUUUUAAGGUUAAUAACCUGUCAGUCUGCAAUAAAUGGCUAAAAUUCAAAGAUAUAGCCUCUUUAUGUUGAUCCUUCUGUUUCAAGAAUUCUUAGAAAUGAGUUGAUUUAAGAAAUAAUUAAUUAGUAUUAUUUUAGACAUUUUUUUGUUUUUUUCAGCUUUCUUUUAAUAUAUAAACCUAUGAAUAUCAGAGAGAAUUUGAAUAUUUCCAUUUGUUUAUGCAUUUAUAAUAAUAGUUUAAUAGUUAUUAUGUGUGUUAUUGGAGGGAUUUUAAGUUAUUGA